AAUUGCUCAGCAGUCAUAACGGAGCUAGUGUUGUGAAAUUUCCAAACCACGCGUCUGCUUUGACGAUUUUCACAUGAAGACAGAAAAGGGAAAUGAGCACAUUAAUCGCACAGUUCUACUUUCCUCAUUCAGAAAUUUGAUACCAAUAUAUAAAAACAAAGCUUAUUUUGGGCGACAGAGGUUAGACUGGUGUGCGACAACUUAUUUUGUCAGAUCUUACAGUGCCUGGAUAGGUCUACCACUCCACGGUCUGCCAUUUGUAUCGGUCGUGCUUGUUGGCACGCAGACACGCAGUUGCCCGAAACACACCCCCUUUAAACGGCACGAAGCAGCUGUCAUGUGAAUCAGCUGGACGAACGAGGAAGGGGAUACAAAAACAACAGCUUUGCUUGUUUCUAAUUUAAGGUUGUGUCUGGUCAGGCGGCAGGAUGGCGGGAGCAGAGGUGUAUGCCCCUGCAAACCCCACCUGCAAGAUUAUGACCUUCAGGCCUACCAUGGAAGAGUUCAGGGACUUCAACCAGUACCUGGUUUAUAUGGAGUCUCAGGGUGCACAUCGUGCAGGCCUGGCUAAGGUGAUCCCCCCUAAAGGCUGGAAGCCUCGUCGUACCUAUGAUGACAUAGAUGAUCUGAUGAUUGAUGCUCCCAUCCAGCAGAUGGUGGCUGGCCAGUCAGGGCUGUUCACUCAGUAUAACAUCCAGAAGAAGCCUCUUAGUGUGCAGGAGUUCAGGCGACUAGCUAACAGUGACAUGUACUGCACACCCCGCUACCUGAAUUAUGAAGAUCUUGAGAGGAAAUAUUGGAAGAACCUGACUUUUGUCUCACCCAUAUAUGGUGCUGAUGUCAGUGGCAGCCUUUAUGAUGAGGAUGUAGAGGAGUGGAACAUUGGCCACCUGAACUCUAUCCUGGAUGUUAUCGAGGAGGACUGUGGUGUAUCCAUCCAGGGGGUUAACACUCCAUAUCUAUACUUUGGCAUGUGGAAGACCACCUUCUCAUGGCACACAGAGGAUAUGGACCUGUACAGCAUCAACUACCUCCACUUUGGAGAGCCCAAGUCCUGGUAUGCCAUCCCUCCGGAGCAUGGGAAGAGGCUGGAGCGUCUGGCUACAGGUUUCUUUCCAAAUAGCUUCAAGGGGUGUGAGGCCUUUCUUCGUCACAAAAUGACUCUAAUCUCCCCUUCCGUACUGAAGAAGUAUGGCAUUCCCUUUGAUAAGAUUACUCAGGAAGCAGGAGAGUUCAUGAUCACCUUCCCUUAUGGCUACCAUGCUGGCUUCAACCAUGGCUUCAACUGUGCAGAGUCCACCAACUUUGCCACCCUGCGCUGGAUAGACUAUGGCAAAGUGGCCACACAGUGCACAUGUAGCAAGGACAUGGUAAAGAUAUCCAUGGAACCCUUUGUGAAGCGUUUUCAGCCUGACCGGUAUGCUAACUGGAUGCUGGGCAAAGAUUCUGCACCUAUAGACCACACACUUGCCACACCCAGUACAACACCGGAGCUGCAGAGCUGGCUGCAGAGACGCCGCAAGGCCAAACCUACUAAUAAAGGCAAUAGCCACACUCGUAUGCGCUCCAAGCGCCUCAGAACCACAGAGCAGCCUGUUGGCCUGGACAGCAGCUCUGCUAUAAGCAGCAGCAGCAGCAAGAAGAAAGUCCUGGGUGGUCCACCUGGGCCCAAGGUGCGAAAGUCUGUAGCAGCGCCAACCAGUAGGGAGAAAGAGACAAAGAAGGAAGCUGAUUCAAAGCACAACCAGAAUCAGAACCCUGUUCAGCUUUCUGGUCCUUGCAGACAGAUGUGUGUGGUCAAGGUAAAUCGUGUGGAGAGUAAUAGUUUAGGAUUUUCACAUAAGGAGCCAUCCCAUGACUCUCACUGCAGCCCAUUUCCCUCCUCUGCUUCACCGGUAAAGAAUGACCUAAAGACAGAGACAGUCACUCAUAUUGACCCUCUUCAUCUCUCAGGGUCAGGGGUCACAGGCAGAACUCCGGAAGGACUCAGACAAUGGCCUGAGGCUGCCCAUGUGCAUCCAGAAAUGAGUGAGUCAAGAUGUCACUGUCCUGAAUCACAAGACCUCUUAACUUCUCAGGACUGCUAUAUCAGGGUCCCUCACCUGGAGGCCAACAGACCUAGCUCAUCUUCUCACCCAACAAGUGUUUCAGCUGAGACUGAUAUGAGCUUGUGUCCCCCUCACUCUGAAGCUCAGACAUCUCAUUCCUCAAGGAGAGAAGACACUUUAAGCAUAGCACCAAACACUGACAGCAGCAUGGACACAGGUACUGAGACUUAUACUAGUGACACUGCUAAAACCGAGAAAAUGGGCACGGUUUUUGAUCCAAAACAAAUCAAUAUACACUCCGCUACAGAAGCACUUUAUGAUCUGAAAACUGAGCCAGUAGAGGAGGGUAGUUAUGCAUUGUGUGGUUCCUUCCUCCCUUCAGGACACAGUUGCAAUUUAGAAAAAAGCACAGAGGAAAAUCCUCCUCUGCUACAUAGGAACACAGUGGAUAUGCCACAACUCACCCCUGAGCCAGCAGAUAAGGUUGUAAUCUGCCCUUUGCCACCUGUACUUACCCAAGAGAUGCCCUCCCUCACCCCAGCAGAUGAUGGGUUAACCGAUGCCCCAAAAUUUAGAUUGUGCAGUCAGGUUGCCCCUGUGCUACAAAGGGAGACACCAACUGGCUGUCUGUCACAUGGAGCCAAACAGGAAGAGAGAGAAAUUGAUUUACUGGCAUCAAAAGAGUCUCUAACUGUAGAACAAGCCAACAACUGGCAUUUAGAUUCUCUAUGUAACUGUGAAGGGGCAGUGUCUGUUUUAGAAGGAAAUGCAGCUCAUUUAACUGCCAGUGCUAUGGGCAAAAUAACAUCUGGUGGUGUCCACCAAAUGCUAAUCAUGCCAGACAUUGCUGCAAAAAAGGAUGAUACAAAGGUAGAAAAUCUUACUCCCAGACAGAGCGACACUACCUCUGGCCAGCUAGUUCAGAGUCCUGCACCUCAGACAGAGCAGCAGUCUGUCCCAACAGAGUUAACAAAUAAAGAUGACUCCAAAGACUCAGCUCAAAGAGACUUCAUUCUCAGCAGUACUGGCUGUCUUUUAACUGGUACCUCAAACAAUAAUCUUCCCGUUCCUCCCUCUCCCUUAUGCACUCAGAGUGAUAGCCACUCAGCGUUGCAACUCCACCAUCACAGUACAUAUUCACCUUCACACUGUACUUCUCAGAACCAAUACAUGGAGCCCAAACCAUUUUCCAGCAGCAUCUGGAAAAACCUAAAUUCCCAGAGUCCUGCAGUACUUAUCCAGAGUCUACAACCAGAGCUCCCUUCUGACUUCACACAUGACCCUCUGCCGUACACUAUGUGGACUGAACCUCAGUGCAAAGAGGUCACUGACCUGGAUGACCCAGGGCAAGGCCUCCAUGAGUCAGAGAACCAGGAAGAAGGUGGACCUCUCACCUGGGCCCAGCUUGAACCCACCUCACUGGUUUCAGAUGGCACUGUUGAGCCUCUGGGUCUUUGCGGAGAUUAUGAGCUCCACAGAGAGAGUCAGCACUCUGGCACUGCUGUUUCACCUCUCAGGAUGGAAGGAGAAGAACAGAAUGGGGUGUCUGACAUGGAAGAAGGAGGAUCUGAUUGCGAAGAGGCAGAGCAGGAAAGUAGUGUCAAGGGAGAGAGCAGCAGUGACUCAUCUGAUGAUGAGGAAAAUGAGACGAGUAACUAUGGAUACAAUGUAUCAGGCCUGGAACCUGGGGAAGUCUGUGCUUACCCUGCCCUGUCAGUGAAGAGGACCACAAAGAGCUGGCGUCACCCACUCAGGAAACCUACUACAAGGGCUGUACCCACUGCUGUCAAACAACAAGCUGCCAGUGAUGAUGAGCCCCCUGAAGCAAGCUUGGCAGAGGAGGAGGAACGGGAAAUGGAAGUGUGGGCGAGGCCCCUAAUUUACCUGUGGCAGAACAGGAAGGGCUGCUUCACAGCAGAGAAGGAGUACAAUGCUCAUGCAGCCACCAUGCAGCCAUACUGUGCUGUGUGCACACUCUUCAUGCCCUAUUAUCAGGCUGAAGACAAAGCAGAUGAUAACAGACCUGUCACAGUUAAGGAUGCCUCCACAUCUUCCUCUUUAACUGAGGGCUCCACGCAUCCCUGUAGAGGUCUAAGAAGGACCAAGCCCCUCGUCCCAGAGAUUUGUUUUUCUUUCCGGGAGCAGAACUGCCCCCCAACUCCCACCAACCCUCUGCUGCAGGAAGAUGGCACCUCCCCUCUGCUCUACUGCCAGGGCUGUUGCCUACAAGUCCAUGCAAGUUGUUACGGUGUUGCUGCAGAUGACGUCCGUGAACAGUGGUCAUGUGAUCGCUGUACAGAAGGAAGCCUUGCAGCGGAAUGCUGUCUCUGUAACCUCAGAGGUGGAGCUCUGAAGAAAACCCAAAAUGACAAAUGGGCCCACGUGAUGUGUGCAGUUGCUCUGCCAGAGGCUAGGUUCAGCAACGAAGUCAAGCGGAGCCCCAUUGACACCAGUAGCAUCCCCAUGCAGCGAUAUAAACUGAAGUGCAUCUAUUGUCGUAACCGCUGCGCGGGGAAGCGACAUGCAGGUGCUUGUAUCCAGUGUUCAUGUGGCCGGUGUCCCACCUCCUUUCAUGUGACCUGUGCCCAUGCUGCUGGAGUAAUCAUGGAGCCUGAUGAUUGGCCGUAUGUUGUGUCAGUCACCUGCCAUAGACAUCAAUCACGGAGUUCGUCAGCUAAGCAGCGAGCAUGCCAAGCAUCAAUCUCCCUGGGCCAGACAGUGAUCUCCAAACACAAGAACCUGCGCUACUACAGCUCCAAGGUCACCCAGAUCACUUGCCAGACAUUCUACGAGGUCAUGUUUGAUGAUGGCUCCUUCUCCAACGAUACCUACCCCGAGGAUAUAGUGAGCAGAGACUGUGUGAAUUUGGGUCCUCCUGAAGUAGGGGAAGCUGUUCAAGUGAAAUGGCCUGAUGGACUGUUCUAUGGUGCCAAAUACUUGGGAUCCAAUGUCUCCUACAUGUACCAGGUGGAGUUUGAGGAUGGGUCUCAGGUGCUGGCAAAGAGAGAAGAUGUGUAUACUUUAGAAGAAGACCUGCCUAAAAAGGUGAAGCGUAGACUUUCCACUGCCUCGAGCAUGCGUUUCCAGGACACCUUCUUUACCACGCAGGGGGAGAGGAAACGGCAGAGAACACCUAAUUCACGCUUUCAGAAAGACUAUGUGGCCCUGCCCGGCCUCCGUACAACUGCCAAAAGCACAUGGGAGCAACGCAGUCACAAAGGAAAAUGAAGUCACGGAGAAAAAUCACUGACUAAUGAAUGCACUGAAUUAACAGUGGAUGUACAGGGGAGGUUGAGAGAGUGUGUGUGUGUGUGUGUGUGUGCUUGCUUGUUAAAUUUUUGGAUCUAUUUUGAUCUUGACUAUUUCCCACACAACUUCCUUGUGAAUAGAUCGGAGGAAACGGCGUAAAGGAAUGAAUGAGUCUGGUUAUACUGAUGUUUAUGAAAGUGUGCUUGUACAAGAUAUAGUCAGUUACUGGUGAUUAGGUGCUUUGACAGAAGAUUUCUGACUGGACAGCUGGACUUUUCUAGAAUGGGCUAACAGAGGACAUUGUUGCCUUGGUGGCCUAGUGCUUUCACAUCCAUCAGGGAAAAUAAACGUGACUUACAAUUAUCAUGUCACCCUUUUUGAAAACUUUUUUUCUUUGUACACAAAAAAUUCAGAAGUGAGAUUUUUCUAAAUAGCUUGCCUAAGGUAACUCUUUUUUUCCCCCUCAUUUUGGUUUUGAAUAUUUCUGCAGUUUGCUUGUAGUAUUUUCAUCAUGUCUUACUGCUUCUCUCUGCAUGUUUAAACAUCGUCUCAUAACUGCUUCUGCUGGGCCAAGUCCAAUUACACCACAGUGGCUUUCUCUCUGCAUGUUUUUAGUCCUUACAUGCAUUAAUAUGAAGUGUGUAAUUGGACAUUGAAAAGUUAAUGGUUACAGAAACAAAGGGAAAGAAUGGACCACACUACUUAUUCUACUUGAGGUUAAAGAUUCAGACAGGAAGCUACGUCUGUUUUGGAUUUUGUG